ACACAGAGACAAACCAAAACUCAGACAGACAGACAGGUGGUAUCAUGGCAUCAGUGGACAGCACUGGUUUGAUUGUUUCUCGACGGCUGAGAUCAGGGGAUCUACUUCAUGCUGGUCUGGCAAUUGUUUUGCUUCUCGGUGUAUGGAGUGUUGGUGGACUGGAGGUGUCCACAGGGAAAGUGUCCUCAAUUGAAGCAAUAAAUGGCUCCACAGUACUGCUACCUUGCAAGUACAGCUCCUGUAUUGGCAUUAAAAACCUUCACUUCAUCUGGGGCUAUAAUGCCAAUGGAACCAUAAUGAAGGUAUGUGAAGGGGUGAUUCGUGGGGAGAGUCGUGAUGCGACAAGGGAACCCCGGCCCUAUAUAUACCAUGAGCGUGUGGAGUUUGUUGGCUCCUCAACGAGCAACAACAUCUCCAUCCUGCUGUGGAACAUCACCUUUGAAGAUGAGGGAGAAUACAUCUGCUUCGCCAGAAACCCAAAAGAGAAAAAUCGCGAAUACAAUGCUACAUUCACUCUUAUAGUGGUGGACCAAUUGAGAGAGGUUGACAAUACUUUGACAGUCACCAUUGUCUCAGUGCUGGGUGGAGUCAUUGGCUUAGUUAUCACUGUAAUGGUGAUAAAGGCCAUGGUGGUUCACACAGUGAGUGAAGAGUGCCUUGUGAGAUCCGGGAAUGAUGAUACACAAAAUGGACCUUCAGGAACCAAAUCUGACAAACGUUGA